AUGUCUGAUUUACCUGUAGACAGGCUUGCACAAGAACCACCAUUCACUAACGUUGGACUUGACGUCUUUGGUCCGUGGACGAUUGUCACACGGCGCACGAGAGGAGGUAGUUCUGAAAACAAACGAUGGGCGGUAAUCUUCACGUGUAUGUCUACCAGAGCCGUGCACAUCGAGCUUAUCGAAUCCAUGACAACAUCCAGCUUCAUUAACGCAUUGGGGCGAUUCUUCUCAGUUCGAGGCCCAGCCAGACUUCUCCGUUCUGACAGAGGAACUAAUUUUGUGGGUGCAUGUAAGGAAUUAAACAUGAACACCGAUGAUCCAUCACUACAAAAUUACUUAAAGGAAAAAGGAUGCACAUGGCUGUUCAACCCCCCACAUUCGUCGCAUAUGGGGGGCUCAUGGGAAAGACUCAUUGGGGUAAGCAGGCGCAUUCUGGAUGCCAUGCUGUUAAAGACGGGGUCAAACCAACUCACACAUGAAGUCUUAAGCACCUUAAUUGCAGAAGUAAUGGCUAUCAUGAACGCAAGACCUUUACUUCCGGUGUCUACUGACCCUGAAAACCCAACAGUCCUUUCCCCUACAGUGCUUUUAACGCAAAAAACGAGUGCCUUGUCAGCCCCUUCUGGAAACUUUGAUACUUCUAGUCUAUAUGAUAAGCAGUGGAAGCAAGUUCAGUGUUUGGCAGACACUUUCUGGAAACGAUGGCGGGGAGAGUACCUGUCCUCAUUACAAAACCGUAGGUUGUGGACCGAAGACAAGCCUAACAUUAAUGUUGGAGAUGUUGUAUUGCUCAAAGAUAGCCAAGUACACAGGAAUGAGUGGCCAGUGGGACUUAUUGUUAACACGUUCCCAAGCCAAGAUGGCAAAGUACGAAAAGUGGAAGUAAGAGUUGCAAAACAAGGAACUGUAAAAACGUUUUUAAGGGCCAGUUACAGAAAUCAUAGUUCUUUUAUCUGAGGCAAACACUAUUUAAAGACUGUACUAAUCAUAUGGUAUAGUGGCACCAACAAUGGUGCCAGGCGGGGAGUGUGCUGCCCCCUAAUAGGACUUCUAUUUUGAAAUGACUUUUUGAUGAGUUAUACUGCCAUCUACUGGUUGUUCAGCCAUUUUAUUCAGUUCUAUCAGAGAGCAGUGCAGAGCACAUGGUUUCAUGUAUGGUGCAUCAAGAGUUUUCUUUACACUUUUCCUGAGAUGCUAUUCGUCUGUGAGUAAUUUAAAGUUAUUUUGUUUACAUUAAGAACACCUCUGCAAACCAGAGCAUGGAAGUUAAUCUAAAACUAGUUAUUUUAGAAGGGUAAUGUCUAAUUGAACUGCUUGUAAAACACAUAAUUGUGUUCAGUUUAUAUUUAUACAGUAUGUGUAUCUGUUUGUUUUGUAUUUACAGUUUUACAAAGUAAAUAAGAGGAAAAUGGAAAAG